AUGCAAGCCCUAAAUACAAUGGGUUUAUGGUCUCUCUUUCUGGUUACAUUUCUUCUGGUGCUAACAUCAUAUGUGGUUUGCCAACUUGAAGAAUUUAUCAGUAUUGACUGUGGAGGGACAAGUAACUACACUGAUAAAAGCACAGGGCUUUCAUGGAUAUCAGAUUCUGGGAUGAUGAAGCAUGGCAAGUCAGUGGAGGUACAAAGUCCAAGUGGAAACAAGGUUCAGUAUCAGAGACGCCGAGACUUUCCAAUAGACAGCAGAAAAUACUGUUAUACACUUGGCUCUAAGGAGAGAAGAAGAUAUCUAGUGCGAGCAACGUUUCAGUAUGGUAGCUUGGAUGAUGGAGACACAUACCCUCAGUUUCAGCUUUAUUUGGAUGCAACCAAAUGGGCUACUGUGUCAAUAUAUGAUGCCUCAAGAAUUUAUGUGAAGGAAAUGAUCUUCAGGGCACCCUCUAACUCUAUUGAUGUUUGCAUGUGCUGUGCUACCACCGGUUCUCCCUUCAUAUCUACCCUUGAACUAAGGCCCUUGAAUCUUUCUAUGUAUGCCACAGAUUUUGAGGGCAGUUUCUUCUUGAAAGUGGCUGCAAGAAUUAACUUUGGUGCUUCAAGUGAGGAUGUAGUCAGGUAUCCAGAUGAUCCAUACGAUAGAAUUUGGGAGUCUGAUCUUAUUAAAAGACAAAACUAUCUUGUUGGGGUGGCCCCAGGCACUGAAAGAAUUAACACAACAAAGAAAAUAAAAAUAGAGACAAGAGAAUAUCCCCCUGUUAAAGUGAUGCAAACUGCAGUUGUUGGCACAAAAGGAGUUCUUAGCUAUAGACUAAACCUGGAAGACUUCCCUGGAAAUGCUAGAGCCUAUGCAUAUUUUGCAGAGAUUGAAGAUCUGGCUAAGAAUGAAACUAGAAAAUUCAAAUUGGAGCAACCUUACAUAGCUGACUAUAGUAAUGCAGUGGUGAACAUUGCUGAGAAUGCCAAUGGGAGCUACACUCUUUAUGAGCCAAGUUACAUGAACGUGAGUCUUGAGUUUGUGCUUUCGUUCUCCUUUGUUCAGACCCGAGAUUCUUCUCAGGGACCUCUUCUAAAUGCAAUGGAAAUAAGCAAAUACGUGCAAAUUGCUUCCAAGACUGUCAGACAAGAUUCAAAUUCUGUAAAUGCGUUUCUCUUCUUAUCCGCUGAAAGUGUCCUGCAGAAUGAAGGUGAUCCCUGUAUUCCAACUCCCUGGGAGUGGGUAAAUUGUAGUACAACUACACCUCCAAGAAUUACAAAGAUAAACCUUUCAAGAAGGAAUCUGAAGGGUGAAAUCCCAUGGGAGCUCAACAACGUGGAAUCAUUGACAGAGCUGUGGUUAGAUGGCAACUUGCUUACAGGACAGCUUCCUGACAUGAGCAAUCUUAUCAAUCUAAAGAUUGUGCAUCUAGAGAACAACAGAUUCACUGGUCCAUUACCAUCUUACUUGGGUAGUUUGCCAAGUUUACAAGCCCUGUUCAUACAGAAUAACUCUUUUAGUGGGGCAAUACCAUCAGAGUUACUGUCUGGCAAAAUAAUUUUCAACUUUGAUGAUAAUCCCGAACUGCAUAAAGGGAACAAGAAGCAUUUUCAGUUGAUGCUAGGAAUUUCUAUUGGAGUACUAGUGAUUCUAUUAAUAUUAUUCUUAACAAGUUUGGUGCUAUUGCUUAAUCUGCGGAGAAAAACAUCUCGACAGAAACGAGAUGAAAAGGGUAUUUCUGGACGCUGCAGUACUAAACCUUUAACUGGAUACUCAUUUGGUCCGGGUGGAAAUUUAAUGGACGAAGGUACUGCUUACUAUAUUACACUGUCUGAGUUGACAGAAGCUACUAAUAAUUUCUCAAAGAAAAUUGGCAAAGGAAGCUUUGGAUCUGUCUACUAUGGGAAAAUGAGGGAUGGAAAAGAGGUGGCAGUUAAGACUAUGACUGAUCCAUCCAGCUAUGGGAACCAGCAAUUUGUAAAUGAGGUAGCCCUCUUAUCAAGAAUUCAUCACAGAAACUUGGUUCCUCUGAUUGGAUAUUGUGAAGAAGAAUAUCAGCAUAUUCUGGUUUAUGAGUAUAUGCACAAUGGCACUUUAAGGGAGUACAUUCAUGAAUGUUCGAGCCAGAAGCAAUUGGAUUGGUUAGCUCGCCUUAGAAUUGCAGAAGAUGCAGCUAAAGGUCUUGAAUAUUUACACACAGGAUGCAAUCCUAGUAUCAUUCACCGUGAUGUGAAGACAAGCAAUAUCCUCCUAGACAUCAAUAUGAGAGCAAAAGUGUCAGAUUUUGGACUCUCAAGACUUGCUGAAGAAGAUUUAACACACAUAUCAAGUGUUGCAAGGGGAACUGUAGGUUACCUGGAUCCUGAGUACUAUGCAAAUCAGCAAUUGACUGAAAAGAGUGACGUGUAUAGUUUUGGAGUUGUUCUGCUGGAACUGAUAUCAGGAAAAAAACCUGUAUCUUCAGAAGAUUAUGGUCCCGAAAUGAAUAUUGUUCACUGGGUAAGAUCCUUAAUUCGUAAAGGAGAUGUGAUAAGCAUCAUGGAUCCUUCCCUUGUGGGGAAUGCCAAAACAGAGUCAGUUUGGAGGGUAGUUGAAAUCGCCAUCCAGUGUGUAGAACAACACGGUGCCUCCAGGCCAAGAAUGCAAGAGGUCAUUUUGGCCAUACAAGAUGCUUCUAACAUUGAAAAAGGUUCAGAAAGUCAACUUAAGUUAUCAUCUUCAGGAGGUUCAAAGCCACAGUCUUCACGUAAGACUUUGCUUGCAAGCUUUCUAGAAAUUGAGAGUCCUGACUUGUCAAAUAGUUGCCUCCCCUCAGCCAGAUAA